AUUGGAUGUAGGCCUAAAGGUUGUUAGCUUUUCUUUUUAUUUUCACUUUCACUUCUGCCGGGGAAUCGAUUGAGGCCUCUCAUUCGGGAGUCGCGAAGUCGGCAGAGCAAUAUUGCUCGGUUAUAAAGGACAUUGCUAUUUUCAGGAUGUGUGAAGCUUUAUUUACAAAAAGCCACUAAAUGACCAUUACAACGUAGCACUGCGUGAAAAGGAAAACAGUGAACUUCUUUUGAAAGACUUUGGAGGUGACGGUACCACUGUAACUGUCAUCUAAAUGGCAACUGCCAAGUCCCUGCAAUUAAUAGGACUUAUCACAAUUAUAGUCCUUUCAGUUGUGGAUGGCUUAAAACAUGAUCAGAAUAGUGGGGAGGAGCCAGAUUAUCCCUUCACAUCGAAUGGGCAGAGAUUCCCCUGGAACAGAAUGAGAUUACCUGACACCAUUUUGCCCGUACAUUAUGAGCUGCUUAUCCACCCAAAUCUGACCACGCUGACCUUCUCUGCAUCUGUCAGGAUUGAAGUUUCCAUUGGAAUGGAUACCAAUUCUAUCAUCUUGCAUAGCAAAAAGCUCGACAUCAUCAAGGCAACUAUUGCUCUGUUGAGAGAGGGUGGAUCAACUGAACCAGAAAGCAACCUACGGCUUUUGGAAUAUCUACCAUAUGACCAAAUUGCCCUUCUGUCCAAUGGAACCUUAUACUCCGGAAAUACAUACCUGAUUAAUAUUGACUACAUUGGCAAUCUUUCGGAUAGCUACCAUGGUUUUUACAAGGGCAGCUAUAAAACACAAGAUGGUGAAUUAAGAGUGUUAGCUUCUACUCAGUUUGAACCUACUGCAGCGCGCAUGGCCUUUCCAUGCUUUGAUGAGCCUGCCUUCAAAGCCAAAUUUACAAUCAAAAUACAAAGGGAAUCCAGACACAUCGCUCUCUCCAACAUGCCCAUUGUAAACUCGGUUAAAUUAGCUGAUGGACUCAUUGAGGAUCAGUUUGAUACAAGUGUAAAGAUGAGUACAUACCUAGUGGCCUUCAUUGUGGCGGACUUUAAAUGCAUCAUGAAAGAGAACAAGCGUGGAAUUAAGGUCUCAGUGUGCUCGGUUCCAGACAAGAUCAACCAGACUUCAUUUGCACUAGAAGCAGCUGUGAAACUCUUAGACUUCUAUGAAGAUUACUUUACUAUUCCCUACCCGCUGCCGAAACAAGAUUUGGCAGCAAUCCCUGACUUUCAGUCUGGGGCUAUGGAGAACUGGGGCUUAACAACCUACAGAGAAACAGCCCUGCUUUAUAACCCUGGAACCUCCUCGGCCUCUGAGAAACUCUGGAUCACCAUGGUUAUAGCACACGAGCUGGCUCAUCAGUGGUUUGGCAACUUGGUGACCAUGGAGUGGUGGAAUGAUCUGUGGCUGAAUGAAGGAUUUGCCAAAUUUAUGGAAUACGUCUCCGUUAACAUCACAUUCCCGGAGCUGCAAGUUAAAGAGUUCUUCUUGGACAAGUUUUUCAGUGCCAUGGAAGUGGAUGCCUUGAGUUCUUCACAUCCGGUGUCAACUCAGGUGGAAAGUCCCACGCAGAUCCUGGAGAUGUUUGAUGAGGUCUCUUAUGAAAAGGGAGCCUGCAUUCUGAACAUGCUGAUGGACUAUCUGACAGAAGAUGUUUUUAAAGCUGGCACGAUCAGCUACCUCCAACGCCACAGCUAUGCAAAUGCAAAGAAUGAGGAUUUAUGGAAUAGUUUGACUAAUAUUUGUCAUUCGGAGGAUGCACACGGAAAUAGACUAAAUGUGCCACAAUACUGCAAAGGAAAUUCAGAUCUCCCUCCUGGUUCACAUUGGUUCAUGGAAGAUGUCCUUGAUGUAAAGACUAUGAUGAAUACUUGGACUCUUCAGAAGGGGUUCCCAUUAGUAACUGUUACCAUGCAAGGAAGACAAGUCUUUUUACAGCAAGAGUACUUUCAGAAAGGUUCUAAGAUCCAAGAUCCAAACUCGGAAACUGCAAGUUACCUGUGGCACAUUCCACUAACUUACAUUACAAGCCACUCCAAAACCAUCCAGAGGCAUUUGAUGAAGACCAAAAAAGAUGUUAUCACUCUUCCGAGGGAAGUGAACUGGAUAAAGUUCAAUGUGGAUAUGAAUGGUUAUUACAUUGUGCAUUAUGAAAAUGACGGAUGGGAUGCAUUAAUCAAACUACUGAGAAAAAACCACGCGAUCCUCAGUAGCAAUGACCGAGCAAACCUUAUUAACAACGCCUUUCAGCUUGUGAGUGUCGGGAAGCUGCCACUUGACAAGGCCCUUGACUUGACGCUGUAUCUGAGGAAUGAAAUGAGCACUAUGCCAGUCUUCCAAGGCAUGAAUGAGCUUAUACCCAUCUAUAAGCUUAUGGAGAAGAGGGAAAUGAUGGAAAUUGAAACUAAAAUGAAGGCAUACAUAGUUGACUUAUUUAAGAACCUGAUUGACCAGCAAUCAUGGAGUAAUGAUGGUACGAUUUCAGAACGAAUGCUACGCAGCUCACUUCUGGUAUUUGCCUGCGUUCGCAAAUACCAGCCCUGUGUUGACAAAGCGGAGGAAUACUUCAGGAAAUGGAAGGACUCCAAUGGUACUUUGAGCUUGCCCACCGAUGUUGCCACAGCCAUCUUUGCAGUUGGAGCCCAGACAGCAGAAGGGUGGGACUUCCUCUUCGAGAAAUAUAGGCGCUCGAUCUUCACUUCAGAAAAGAGCAAAAUUAAGAGUGCCUUAACAAUCACCAACAAUACAGAGAAACUCCAGUGGUUAAUGGAUCAAAGUUUGAAAGGCGAUAUUCUCAAAACACAAGAUCUGCCUUAUAUCAUUGUUCUGGUCAGCAAAAACCCAAAAGGACAUAAUCUUGCUUGGGAAUUUUUUAAGAAGAACUGGGAUACGUUGGUUCAAAAGUUUGAACUUGGUUCGCAUUCAAUUGCUCAUAUUGUGACUGGUAUUCUGUCCUACUAUUCUACAAGGCUCAAGCUUGAAGAGGUCCAAAGAUUUUUUGAAUCAUUGAAGGACGAUGGCUCGCAGCUCCGUUGUAUUCAACAGGCAACUGAAACAAUUGAGGAGAACAUCCAGUGGAUGGACAAGAACCUGGACAAGAUCAGUACAUGGUUGGAGAACUUAAAAUCAGCUGGCGAAUUCAGUGGCAAUAUCCAUUGAACACAACUCAAUGGUUAUAUACUGAGAUGCUGAAUAUGGUGCAGAGCUAAUUUGGAUACUGUCUGGAAAAAUUCAACUGUGCACAGAAAUCCUACAAACAACACAGGCAAUAAACACUGAAACAGGUCUUGACUGGAGGCUUGAGAUUUACUUCACUGACAUCAACCUUACUUAAUCAACUGUAAAUGAAAUUGGAAGUUGUUUCCUUUUCUUAGUAAAUGUUCCAAUCCCUGUCUGAUUGCCGAUCUCAAGACAAACUGAUCCUUUCUCCUCCCCACUCCUCUGUUAGUUGUUUCACUAACUACCAAUCUCUUACUGAGAUACUCCCUUGCGCUAACCAAAAUCCCUGCUGAUUUCCCUGAUCAAUGUCUCCAGGAUUCUCCUUCCUUUGUACAGAGCCCCCAACACUCUUUCCAGAUGAGGCAUCACCUCACCUGCGAAUCUGCUUGGGUCGUCUUUUGUGUCUGGCACUCCCAAUGCGGCCUCUCCUACGUUGGUGAGACCCCGUCGUAAGUUGAGGAUCCACUUUGUUGAGCACCUCCGCUCCAUCUGCCAAAAGCAGAACUUCCUGAUGGCCCAACUUUUUAGUUCUGAUUCCCACUUCCAUUCCGAUGAAUCAGCCCCUGGCCUUCUCUUGUGCCAAGAUGAGGCCAUCCUCAUGGUGGAGGAGCAACACCUUGUAUUCCAUCCGGGCCGCCUCCAACCUGAUGUCAUGAAUAUUGAAUUUUCCUUUGGGUAAGAAAAAAAAUUCCCUCCCCCUCCUAUCUCCUUCUAUUCCCCACUCUCGCUUCUCACCUUUUCCCACCUGCCCAUCACCUCCCCCUGGGUCUCUCCUCCUUCCCUUUCUCCUAUAGUCCACUCUCCUGUCUUAUCAGAUUCCUUCCUUUGCAGCCCUUUACCUUCCCUACCCACCUGGUUUCUCCUGUCACCUUCCAGCUAUCCUCCUUCCCCCUUCCCACACCUUUUUAUUCUGGCAUCUUGCCCCUUGCUUUGCAGUCCUGAGGCAGAGUCUCAGCCAGAGCAUCAACUGUUUAUUCAUUUCCGUAGAUGCUUCUUGACCUGCUGAGUUCCUCCUCUAAUAUGCUCUCAAACUUGCUUCUUCUAGGAGCUCCACUUCUAACACAGGUUAGAGUAGAUCCUCCCACUAUGACAUGCUUCCAUCACCCUCCCCUAUCUGCUUGCCUACACAACUCUCUUGUCCACUCGUCCCUCCCACUCAUCUCUCUCCUGGCAGUUAUCCCUGCAAGCAGGACAAGCGUUAAACCUGCCCAUACAUUUUGUCCCUCACCACCCCUAACAGUUCUUCCAGGUGAGGCAACUCUUCACCUGCGAGCCUAUCAGAGUCCUCUAUUGUAUCAGGUGCUCCUCUACAUAGGCGAGACCCAACACAGAUCGGGGGACUGCUUUCUGGAGCACCUUCACUCUGUCUGCCACAAGAUGCAAGAUCUCCUGGUGUAUACCCAUUUCAAUUUGACUUCAGAUUCCCAUUCUGACAUGUCUGUCUAUGACCAAAUCUACUGGCAUGAUGAGGCAAAAUUCAUGUUAGAGGAACAAUAUCUCAUAUUCUGUCUGGUUAGCCUCCAACCUGAUGGCACGAACCUCAAUUUCUCCCCCUUCCUCCUUCCUCCCCCCUCGCACCUUUUUAUUUGGGUUUCUGCCCCCUCUUUUCCACACCUGAUGAAGGGUCUGGGCCCUAAACGCCAACUGUUAGUUCCCCUCCAUAGAUGCUGCCUGACCUGCUGAGAUCCUCUGCCAUUCUGUGUGGAUAUCAAUAGUCUCUAUCCAACUAACUGCAACCUCGGGAAAAUAAUGUUCCACAGAAUUGUCACACAUUAUUUCCCUUUUACAUUUCCCUCCAUAGAUGCUGCCUGAUCUGCUGAGUUCCUCCAGCAUUUUGUGCGUGUUGCUUUGAAGAGGAUUCAAAGUGCAAAGCCUGCCCUAUGGUGCACAUGAUUGGUGCCCUGCACUCAUUGGAAACCUAGUGAUAGAUAGCUCAAACAAAACAAGUGAAUUGUUAACAGACAUUUCCAGGCCUCUGAUGAUCUCUUGACCACUGAUUCUUACUGGAAGAUUUCUGGACCCAGCUGGGCCAGAAAUACUUGUCACGUGGUGCAAGGUUUUUAAUCUGCUGUUAUUUGAAAAGCAAGUGGUAAUUGAACUUUCAGCUUGUGUGAGCAUGGUACGUUUUGAUAAAUUGUAUGUCGUUUGGAGCUUAGAUUUAUUUUUGGGAAUAGCAUUGUCUUUCGAGUCGAUGUUGAAGGGAGUCGUUAUUUCAUUAGUUAUAGUUAUGUGCUGCUGACAGUGUAGUUGUGUUGGGGUCUUCACCUCAAAUGGGCAUUGAGUUACUCCAUAGCCUGCUGUAGUCACAGUGGGAUAAGUGAAGUGGUUGUCAGUACUGAUACAGGCCACAGGUGAACCCUGACCACAAGACAUAGGAGCAGAAUUAAGCCAUUUGGCCUAUCGUCUAGUCUGCCCUUCAAUCGUGGCUGAUUUAUUAUCCCUCUCAAAUCCUUCUGCCUUCUCCCCGUAACCUUUGACACCUUUACUAAUUAUAACCCAUUAAUCUCCAAUUUAAAUAUACCCAGUGACAUGGCCUCCAUAACUGUCUGUUGCAGUGAAUUCCACAGAUUCACCACCCUCUGGCUAAAGAAAUUCCUCCUCAUCUGUUUCAAAAGGACGUCCUUGUUUUCUGAAGCUGUGGCCUUUGGUGCUAGACUCCCCCAAGAUAGGGAACAUCCUCUUCCCGUUCACUCUAUCCAGGCUUUUCAAAUUCAAUAGGUAUGAAUGAGAUCCCCUCUCAUUCUUCCAAAGCCCAACAAGUACAGGCCCAGAGCCAUCAAACACUGCUGAUAUAUUAACCCUUUCAUUCCCAUGACCAUUCUCUCUGGACCCUGUCUAGUGUCAGUAGAUCCUAUUUUAGAUAUGGGGACUGGUCAUUACUGUUGACUGAUAGACCACCAGAUUAACAGGCCCUUCAGUCUCGCAGCAUUUCCCGUUGAAUAUGGCGGAGGUUGCUAUAUCGUCCUCUCUUUUGUUCAAACCAGAGAUGAGGAGGAAUUCCUUUAGCCAGAGGGUGGAGAAUCUGUGGAAUUAAUUGCCACGGACAGCUGCAGAGGCCAAGUCAUUUGGUGUUUUUAAACUGGAGGUUGAUAGGUACUUAAUUAGUCAGGGUGUCAAAGGUUAUGGGGAGAAGGCGGGAGAAUGAUGUUGAGAGGGAUAAUACAUCAGUCAUGAUAGAGUGGCAGAGCAGACUCGAUGGGCUGAAUGGCCUAGGUCUGCUCCUGGAUCUGAUGGCCUUUAUGCUGUUGGCCCUGGCAGCUCAACGAUAGACCUCUGCACACCAAAGCACAUUGCUGGGAAAGCAGCAGUACCAGAGCAGGGAUUAAUGGCAGCCUGACUUCUCAGAGCAGAGCCAUUCAGUAAAUCCCUGAGCUUCAGUGUUGACAGUGUAUGAAGCAACAGCUGUGGCUUACUGGAUAGCAUGGGAGGUCACCCAUUCACCUAGUCAACGUUAACAUUCAUCAUUCAAGCAACAUCACUAAAAUAGAUGAUCUUUUCAUUAUCACAUUGCUGCUAGUGACACUGUGUGUUAAUUGCUGUUUUUGGCAUUAUGAUGUGACUUUAUUUCUAAAGUGCUUAAUUGGCUGUAAAAUAUUGUGGGGCAUCUGGAGGUCGUGAAUGACUUUAAUUUCAAGAACUUUAUGCGUAAGAUGACUUUGGCAUUUUACUUGUUGACGUGCUCAAAGUUAACACUGUUGAUCUACUAUUUUGUGUGCAACUUAAUUCUAUAAUUUCAACUUUUAUCAAUAGAUUAAUGAAUCUUAGUGUUUGCCCACAAAUUUGUUUGCUAUGGCUUUGUAGUUUUAAUAAAUUUCUUCAGCAUUUGAUUAUUUAAACUUAAGCAAGCACAGUAACUUUAAAUUGUGCUUUUUUGUGACAUGAUAUUAAACUUAUUUGCCAAGAUGAUCAGAUCACUAAAUUAACUUUGUGUUGUUGGCCAGUGGAAAUUGGUACUGUUAGAUUUAGAGUAGUGUGUUUCAAUCUAACUAGUGCCAGAGUACUGUAGAAAUAGGCCCUGUGGUCAAUUAGUCUAUGCUCUUCUUACCUUUUUCCUAGACCCAUGUAAAGUCUAAUUUGCAUUUCCACACUGGCUUCAGAUCUGUGCCAAUUCUAACAGAAUUUACUCUCCAGCUAUGAUGCUCCAUUUCAGGUCAGUUGGAUUUUUUUCUCUCUCUUUGAUUAUUAUAUCUAUUCCCCUAUUCUGCUUGUAAGGGAAAUCAGUGUGGAGAAUAAAUUUUGAAUUGUGAAA